UUAGCUGUGCAUAGUAUGUGUACCCCUGCAUUCAGAGAAAGAACAGGGAAGAGAAGUGGGUUAGAAGAUAGAAGCAUUUUUGACCAGAUUUCUCAGCUUCUUACUGUGGUGAAGGCGCUGAAAGAGAAGAUUGAAUCAGAAAGGGGGAAAGAUGCUUUUCCAGUAGCUGGACAAAAACUAAUUUAUGCAGGUAAAAUUCUUAAUGAUGAUACUGCUCUUAAAGAAUACAAAAUAGAUGAGAAGAACUUUGUGGUGGUUAUGGUGACAAAACCCAAAGCAGCAGCUGCAGCAACUCAGCAGUCAAAUUCUACUGCCACUGUCAGCUUGACAAGUGCAGCUCCCACACCAGCCUCUGCACCAACCCCUGCAGCUGCUCCUGUGCCAGCUCCUGUCCCUACCACUCCAGCACCAGCUGCAGUUGCUUGUGAAUCUGCACCUGUGAGUACUCCUAAAGAUGAGAAGCCAGCAGAAAAACCACCUGAGGCACCAGCUGCUGUCAGACCAUCAUCAAAUGACAGUACAACAGGUGAUACAUCUCGAUCAAAUCUUUUUGAGGAUGCUAUAAGUGCACUUGUGACAGGUCAGUCCUAUGAGAAUAUGGUGACUGAAAUCAUGUCAAUGGGCUAUGAGCGAGAGCAAGUAAUUGCAGCAUUGAGAGCCAGCUUCAACAAUCCUGACAGAGCGGUGGAGUACCUUUUAAUGGGUAUACCUGGAGAUAAUCAGGCUGUGGCUGAACCCCCUCAAGCAGCGAGCACUGGUUCCUCUCAGUCUCCAGCUGUGGCAGCGGCCGUAGCAACUAUACCUACAACUGCUAGUUCAUUAGGAGGACAUCCACUUGAGUUCUUGCGAAAUCAGCCUCAAUUCCAGCAGAUGAGACAAAUCAUUCAGCAAAAUCCUUCUUUGCUACCAGCAUUGCUACAACAGAUUGGACGGGAAAACCCUCAGCUACUACAGCAAAUAAGCCAACACCAGGAGCAUUUUAUUCAUAUGCUGAAUGAGCCAGUUACAGAAUCCCGCCAGGGCUUAAGUGGCAGUGAUGAUGGUGCCAGCACUGGAGGAGUAGCAGAAGCUGGAAAUGGUCAUAUGAACUACAUUCAAGUAACACCUCAGGAAAAAGAAGCUAUAGAAAGGUUAAAGGCAUUAGGAUUUCCUGAGGGACUUGUGAUACAAGCAUACUUUGCUUGUGAGAAGAAUGAAAACUUGGCUGCCAAUUUUCUUCUACAACAGAACUUUGAUGAAGAUUGAGAGACGUGUUUGUUUUUUUUUUUUUUAUCUCACACCUCACACCAGUGCAUUACACUAACUUCGUUCACUGGAUUGUCUGGGAUAUUUGGGCUUAUAUUCAUAAUGCUUGGUGUAUGGUAUAAGGGUGGAGGAGAAGAAAAUGUUGGAAACAAAGUAAAGAGAAAAGUAUGUAAGUCUGCUUUAAAUUAGCAGAUGCAGCAAAUUACACCAUGUAAAAUAAUAUACAACCAAAAAUCAGCUUCUGCAGGUAUUUAGUUCCUUCUAUAAACUGUAGUUUAAUUUUUUUUCCUAGGGUUUCAUUCUUACUGUACUAGUUCCAGAAAUGUAGUAUAAUGCCCUACUUCGUGCUCCUUUCUACUUAAUAUUGGUAUUGGAAAUAGACUAUACUACCUAGAUUCUACAAUCUGUAUUUCAUGGCAACACUGGAUAGCAGCUUUGCGAAAUCUAAACAAUCUGGGCAAAUGUAAACAUGAAUGCCAAAAUAUGGGUAGUUAUUUUCCUGUUUCAGAUUAUCUCAAUUGGUGCAAAAAAAAAAAAAAAAGUUAAUUUUGUUUAAUGCUGGAUUAAAAAGGGUUUUCUUCAAAUGAAAACCUAUUUCAGUUAAUCAUCUUGAUCAUUAAUUGAAAAAUCCCUCCACCCCCCCCAUAAUCUGAGAAGCUAUAUACAGACAGGUAAAAUUAUUCUUCUGUUUACAUCAUUUCUUUUGGGGAAAAUUGAUAGAUAACUAAUUACUGUUCACUUUAAUGUUAUGUUGCUGUAAAGGUUUUAAAAGCAAUAGAUUGCAUGUUUGGUUUUGUUAUAUGCGCUCCUGUGAAUUGAAUAUUCUUUUUCUGCCAACAAACAAAAUGCAAGCUUCAGUUUUGUCCGUAGCAGUGGGACUUCAUUUACCAUCAAAUCAAAUUUCACUUUCAUACUUUUGUUGGACCAACUUUUACAAAAGAAAAGAAAAAUACAGUUGUAAGCAUCUGAAGAUACUGGCAUUCUGAUCUUGAGUAGAUUGUGAUGAUCAAGCUAUUUCUGACCAGUAAGGACUUUUUUUGGAUGAAGAAAAGAGUUUAGAACUUGCAUUGUCAAGCAAACAAUCAAGUUAUUGCAGUCCAGAAAGAAUCUGCAGACAUAGCUUCCUUUAUAAUGAAAAUAAGCUCUGAUUAUAUAGUUUGAAUUUUACUUCUUGUACCUACUUAUCAUUUACUUCAUUUAGUCAUCACAAAAUGUGAUGUCUUCUUUUAACAUACGUUGACUUUCAGAGACAAUUUUGCCCAUCAGUGCAGUACUAGUGGUGAAAACAAAUACCAUUUUUUAUUAAAGUUACUUUGUUCAUUCUUUGUGUGAACACAACUUGGGGAUCUUUGACUUUUUACUGUUGUACUCCAAUUAGCUGGAUUACAAAUUUAUCUCUAUAGUAACCAAGAAGAUAUUAGUAUCAUUAGUGGUACAGCAGUGAACUGUUGUACCACUAAUGGUAUUAAUGAUUUAGUGGUAUAACCAAAGAAGGAUUUUCUGCUUAGAUUGUGUAGCAGUGGGUUUAACAACUACUUAAGCUAAAAAUACAAGUCAAGUGUCUGAGGAAAAAGGUGCAAGAAACACUGAAGCAUUUGUAUUUUGUUUCCUCGUUGCUUGGCCAUAGUCUGUAAAUAAUUAUCUGAAUCAAAUAAUUAAAUGUAUUAAAACCUUUUUCUUUUUAUCCUUAAACAUCUGUGAUAUUUUUCCAGAUAGUGUGUAUGGUAGUUAUUCAGAUUUUAUUCUUUUAAGACUUCAUAGGUGCAUAUUGUUUAUCGGUGAUGCAACCAAAAUUGUAUCGGUAGAAGUGAUACUGCUAAACAGAAAAUAAAUCUUUCAUAAUGCUUCAUUUUGCAGAAGUUAACAUUAAGACCUGAAUCAUCCAGUAGGUUUUAACUAGGCAGAAAUAUCAGUAUAUUUAUGGAUUUCAAGAGAUUGAUUUUAAUGAUGUAACACUCUGCCGUUAAAAAGGGGAUAAUUGUUAUCUGUAAAAGGAGCAGCUGCCAGAUGCUUGAAAAAUGCCAGAUAGAUUCAAGUAUUUCCUGAAUGUACUUUACUACAUAGCUGAUACAUAAAUAAAACAAAAGCUUUUAGUUUGUGGGA